UCCCAUUCCAGUGUGAAAUGGCUUUUCCACGGGUCAAACCAGCUGCUGAUGAGACAGCGUUCAGUGAGGCCUUGCUGAAGAGAAACCAAGAUCUUGCUCCCACAGCUGCUGAACAGGCUUCCAUUCUUUCCCUGGUGACCAAAAUUAACAACGUGAUUGACAAUUUGAUUGUAGCACCAGGAACGUUUGAAGUGCAAAUCGAGGAGGUUCGGCAGGUGGGCUCCUACAAGAAGGGCACCAUGACCACAGGGCACAACGUGGCAGAUCUGGUGGUGAUUCUGAAGAUCUUACCCACCUUGGAAGCUGUGGCAGGCUUGGGGAAAAAAGUGGUGGAAAGCCUGCGGGCACAGGACCCCAGCGAAGUGCUGACCAUGCUGACCAACGAGACUGGUUUUGAGAUCAGCUCGGCUGAUGCCACCGUGAAGAUCCUCAUCACCACGGUGCCUCCCAACCUCCGCAAGCUGGAUCCCGAGCUCCACCUGGACAUCAAGGUGCUGCAGAGCGCCCUGGCCGCCAUCAGGCACGCCCGCUGGUUCGAGGAGAACGCGUCGCAGUCCACGGUGAAGGUGUUAAUCCGGCUCUUGAAGGAUCUGAGGAUUCGAUUCCCAGGCUUUGAGCCCCUCACGCCCUGGAUCCUGGACCUGCUGGGGCACUACGCCGUGAUGAACAACCCCACCCGGCAGCCCCUGGCGCUCAACAUCGCCUACAGGCGCUGCCUUCAGAUCCUGGCUGCUGGGCUGUUCCUGCCCGGAUCCGUCGGGAUCACGGAUCCCUGCGAGAGCGGCAACUUCCGCGUCCACACGGUGAUGACCCUGGAGCAGCAGGACAUGGUGUGUUACACUGCCCAGACCCUCGUCCGGAUCCUCUCCCAUGGAGGCUACAGGAAAAUCCUUGGCCAGGAGGGUGAUGCCAGUUACCUGGCUUCCGAGAUGUCCACGUGGGAUGGGGUGAUAGUGACGCCUUCCGAGAAGGCUUAUGAGAAGCCUCCAGAGAAGAAAGAAGGAGAAGAGGAGGAAGAGAAUCAAGAAGAACCUGCUACGGGCGAGGAGGAGGAAAGCAUGGAGACCCAGGAGUGA